AUGGUGGUUGAUGGUGUGACGGAAGUUUCUCGCCGGAAUCAAUCAAUCAAUCACCGGAGCCGGCGCAGCCUAUUUCUCUCUUCUUCUUGUUCUCCCUCUCGUUUGUUCUUCACGCACUGGGCCUGUGCACUACAACUAUCAAUUUGGGCCUUUUUUGCUCUCUUUAUUAGAUCAUAUGUAGUUCCAAUUUUUUUGGGAACUUUUCUAGCUGCGUGUAGGAAACACAAGAAUGUUGAAUUGGCUCAUUAUGCAGCCGAGAAGUUAACUCAAUUGGCCCCUGAAAGAGUGGGGAUUCAUAUGCUGUUAUCUAAUAAUAUGUAUGCAUCAGCUGGAAAAUGGACUGAUGUAGCAAGAGUAAGGUUGCAAAUGAAGGAGAAAGGGGUUCAGAAAGUGCCUGGAUCAAGUUCAAUAGAGGUUCAAGGAUUGAUUCACGAGUUCGCAUUUGGUGAUGAAUCACACGCAGAGAACACGCAAAUUGAAUUAAUGCUACAAGAAAUAAACUGCAGGCUGAACCAGGCAGGGUUUGUUCCUGAUACAACCAAUGUCUUGGUCGAUGUGGAUGAGCGCGAGAAGGAGCAUUUGCUCGCCAGGCAUAGUGAGAAGCUAGCCAUGGCUUAUGGAUUAAUCAUUACUGCUCAAGGCAUACCUAUACGGGUAGUGAAAAAUCUUAGAAUGUGUUCUGAUUGUCACUCAUUUGCGAAGCUAGUAUCAAAACUAUACCAUAGGGAAAUUACUAUGAGAGAUAAUAACAGGUAUCAUUUUUUCAAGGAAGGAUCAUGUUCUUGUAGAGAUUUUUGGUGAUAAAGUUACAAAUAAGAACUUCUGGUUUACAAAUCAACUUCACUCCUUGCAACUAAAGUAUAUACUUAUGGCCUUCUAUUUUAAUGUUAAAGAAUGUGACAUAAACUGAAAAGGCAAAGGGGUUUACAAACCAUGGACAACAAAAGGGAGAGAAACCAAACAAUACACAAAUUACACGGGAAAGUAGAAACAGAAAAACCAGAAAUCAAAGGAGCAAUAGCUGUUAUAAAUUUUUGAAUAGGUAUGGAUUUUUGUUGUCUAUUGCUAUUGAAACCUGCAUUAACAAGGGUUUGC